CAAGCCAAUAAUUAAGUUGUUAUUCUUUUUCCUCAGUCAUAAAACUUAGAACAUUAUGGGUAGAAUUUUCGUAGCUGCACUAACUUUAUUAGUAACCCUUCAAGUUUUACAUGUUCCUAUAGCUUUUGCUGCUACAACAGGAAAGAAACUAACAAUUUUGAGCAUCGAUGGAGGUGGUAUCAGAGGAAUUAUUCCUGGCACCCUUCUUGCUUUCCUUGAAUCCAAACUUCAGGAACUUGAUGGACCAAAUGCAAGAAUUGCGGAUUAUUUUGAUGUGGUAGCUGGAACGAGCACAGGUGGAUUAAUAGCCACCAUGCUAACAGCUCCAAACAAAGAUAAUCGUCCUUUAUAUGCAGCAAAAAAUAUUACAAAUUUCUACAUGGAUCAUGGCCCUAAAAUCUUCCCUGAGAGCAGUCGCAGCAGCUUCUUGAAAAGGCUAACAAAUAUAUUUGGGGGACCAAAAUAUGAUGGAAAAUAUCUGAAAACGUUGGUUAGGUCGAUAUUAGGCAAUCUUACUGUGACGCAAGCAUUGACUCAAUUAGUCAUCCCAUCUUUUGAUAUCAAGCGCCUUCAAGCCGUCGUCUUCACAACUAGUGAUGCCAAAGCACAUGUCUCUAAGGAUGCUUUACUAUCGGACGUCUGCCUUGGUACCUCAGCAGCACCAACUUAUUUCCCUGUACAUUAUUUCGAGACAAAGGAUUCUCAAGGCAAAACACGUACAUUUGAUCUUGUUGACGGAGGUGUAGCUGCAAAUAAUCCCACUCUAGUGGCAAUUACUCAAACUUCGAAAGAAAUCAUGUUGGGUAAAUUGCGAAACGCGAACUUGAAACCCAUGGACUGCAAGAAAAUGUUGGUUCUGUCACUAGGCACAGGUAUAGCAAAGGAUGAAAAGAAGUAUAGCGCGGCGGCGGCUUCAACGUGGGGUGUACUUGGUUGGUUGUACAACAAUGGUGCAAGUCCAUUGCUAGACGUUUUUGGUGAUGCAAGUGCUGAUAUUGUCGAUGUGCACCUCUCUACCAUAUUUCAGUCCCUUGAGAGCGAAAAGAAUUAUCUUCGAAUUCAGGAUGAUAGUUUGAGUGGGGAGGCUGCAUCUAUGGAUGUUGCAACGAGAAAGAACAUGGAGGCACUUGUGCAAAUUGGUAAUGAUCGAUUGAAGAAGGCUGUUUCAAGGGUUAAUUUAGACACUGGCCGCUAUGAAGAAGUUACUGGCGAAGGGACCAAUGAAGAAGCUCUUAUUCGCUUUGCUAAGUUGCUUUCAGAGCAAAGAAAAAUUAGGCAACCACUUGACGACUUCUCUUCCACAAGAAAAAUACUCUAAGAAUUUUUUCUACCAAUAAGAGAAAACUCUUA